GAAUCCAAACGUUUUGCUGAUUAAGUGUGUAUGAAAGUUAUAAUCUAUUUGCUCUGUAGAAGACCAACUUUUGAAAAUAUUUAAUGAAAUACGAUUGGAUAAAACUUAUUAGUUAUAUAAUUAUUCACAGGGAUUUUAAAUAUUUGAUAACUAUACCAAUGUAGACACAACCUCCUCCUCUUAAAAGAAAAUCCAGAAAAGUGUUUUCAAAGCCAUUACACGACGACACGUUUCUUGUACAUACUACAGCCUGCUGUAGGCAGACAUAUAUAGAGUAUAAUUUAUGCGAGAUUCCGAAAGAAACCCGGAAGGAUGUGGCGACACAAAGUACCACUAAAUAUAAUGAAGAUGAGCUGGAAGAAAUUCGUAACCUUUCUUUAGAUGAGAUGAAUGCUAUUAAAACGUUAAAGAAGAAAGCUCAAAGGAAGAUAAGAUGUAAACAUCAACUGAAAAAGUUGAAACAAAUGGAACUGAAAGAUCUAGUUCACAUACGAACAUUGACAAACGAUCAUUAUUUUCAGAAUCUAAGCUCAGUUAUCACAAGAAGUUACAUAGACAUGGUCGGGAUAAUGUGGUUGUUUAAUCAUCUUGAAUCAACUCUACAACAUUAUGUGAAGAACUGUUGCUUGCAAUACCCGAGUGAAACUUCAGAGCGCUUGAAGAAUAGAGUUCUUUUGAAAUGGUUUCACAUUCAAAAAGACUUCGGUGAACAAAUUGAUGUUUCCAAAUGUAACGUUAAUGUUCAAUUAGAAAUCAGGGAGCCCAUGGGAUGUGAUAACACAAGAGAUAUUAUAUAUCUACUUUUGAAACAUUCUAUGGAUGUAAUAAAACAAUCGACGCAGAAUAUACCUAAAAUCAAGCGAGAUAGAAUGUAGAAUGUGAUGAAUCAUGUGUAACAUUAUCUAUGUUAAAUAUAGCUGUAUAUACAAACACAAAAUGACAUUCUCAGCAACAUGAUGACAAUGACAAUUUAUUUAUUGUAAUUGUCUCAGCAAUAUGUACAGACUUAUGUACUCAAUUUUCAAUAUAUUGCUUAUACAAUUGAUGUUAAACAUUAUAACACUAAAAAUUCAAAUUUAGACAUAACUUUAUUUAAAGGCAUUUAUAUUAAUACAUGUAUUAUAUUUGUUAAAGAUAUAUUAUGCUCAAUUUUGAUAGUAGAAAAAUUGCAAUAUGUAAAUAAAGGGAUACAAACUCCAUACCCUAUAUAGUUAACACACAGCAUAUUUAUUUUCCAAAUUAACUUGUACAGUAGUAGGGAAUAAAGCUUCCGAAACAUAGUUUAUGUAGAUUAUUCAGAUAAGACAUAUUCAGUAAGAUUUUCAUAAAUUUCAAUUUUAAAUUCCUGCAAUAAUAUAUUUACCAAAAUAUGAGUUUAAUAUAUCUUUAAAGUUAGUUUGAUAAUAGAAAGUCGUGCAAUUUAUUUAUCUCUACCGAAACAAAACUUUAUUCUACAUAUAGUUGUAAGUUAGUAUUUAACAGUCAAUCCAUUUGUUUACAUAGAUAUUUCUUUCUUAUUACAAGAAUACACUUAUACAUGUGUUUAUUUAUUGAUGACAGUGAAAUUAAACCUUUAGU